GACAGCCCGGGCGGGCUGCGAUGACCGGAGGACGGAGCGGGGACGGCUGAACAUGGAGGACGACCUGGUGUCGGAGGACGACGUGUUGCUGGGUUCUGAGAAGGAGCUCCACGAUGCUGCCAGGCGGAACGACACGGACAAACUGCAGGAACUGAUCCGAAGGGGUGUGAAUGUCAAGGCCAAAAACAAAACUGGGAGGAAGGCCCUGCACUGGGCAGCCGGAGGGGGCCAUGAACAGGCUCUGCGUCUGCUGCUGCUCCACGACUCCUACGUGGACGUGGCGGACAGCUUUGGUAUGAACGCCCUGCUCCUGGCCUCCUGGUUCGGUCAUCUGAAGAUCCUGCAGAUCCUGGUGUCCUGUGGCGCCAAACUCAGCUCUGAGAACAAGGAUGGUCUCAGUAUGCUGCACUGUGCCGCUCAGCGAGGCCACAUCAGAGUGCUGGAGUUCAUCAUGGAGGACCUGGAGGAUAUUUCUGUGGACAGAGUGGACAAGGCCGGGAAGACGGCGCUUCAUCUGGCUUGUGAACAUGGACAGCUGGAGGUGGUGGAGUUUCUCAUCGGAAUGGGCUGCAGGCACAGUUUGAAGGACAAGGAAGAGAACACGGCCCUGCAUCUGGCAGCACAACGAGGCCACGCCGACGUCCUGCAGAAAGUGGCAGAGAUCGGAGUGGACGUGGACGACAGGAACAUUGAUGGCCUCACAGCCCUGCACCUGGCAUCAGACGGCGGUCACUACAGAUGUGUCAAACUGCUGCUGGAGUCCGGCUGUAACGUCAACGCACUGACCAAUAAGAAUCAGAGUGCUCUUCAUUAUGUGGCCCAGCAAGGCUUUGACCGAGAGGCCAGCCUGCUGCUGGAGGCAGGAAUCAGCGUUGAUGCUGUGGACAGUCAGCACGUCACAGCCUUGCACCUCGCCGUGUUCAACAACCACACAGAAGUCGUGCAGCUGCUCAUAGACGCCGGGUGUGACCUUGAUGUCGCUGAUGGUAGGCAGCAGACCGCCAUGCACAUCGCGGCGGAGCAAGGCUUUCAGGACCUGGCGGAGAUGAUGCUAAUCGCAGGCGUUAACCUCAAUUUGACUGACAAGCAGGGUAAAACAUGUCUGGAAGUGGCUGCAAGAGGAAACCACGUCAUCCUGGUGGACAUGAUCAUCAAAGCUGACCGCUUUUAUAAGUGGGAGAAGGAUCACAGAGAGCAGGACCCGUGGCUGGGCAGACCGCUGAGCUUCAAGCAGGACCACCAGCCGGAGACCCAACACCUCAGGUCUGUUCUGUGGAGACUGGCCACCAAGUCCCUCUGCAGGGGCGAGUGGAAGAUCCUGGCCCAGCACUGGGCCUUCAGCGACGCACAUAUACGAGCGAUAGAGCAUCAGUGGACGGGUAUGAAGAGCUUCAAAGAGCACGGCCACCGCAUGCUGUUAAUCUGGCUGCACGGCGCCGUGACGGCCGGGGAAAACCCCAUCAAAGGCCUCUACGAGGGACUGGUGGAAAUCUCCCGGACAGACUUGGCAGAGUGGAUCCGCCAGAAGGCAAACGCAGAAACCAGCUCUCCAAGAACCUGCUGUGCAAUGUGACAGCAGACCAAGUCUGCGGCGUUCAGGACCCGGUCCAGCUUCAGGCGUCCAGCAGUGAGUCCUGUCAAGGCCUGCUGAGAGACACUGAGAGGACGCUGUUCUGAUCGAGCUAUGAACGCUGUUCACUCCACUCACCCUGCACUGAUUUUGCACCGAUUCACACAUAAAAUGACCACAUAUCCAUUCAGACAUUAUAACAUUGAUGCAUUCAUAUUAAUGUAGAAAAACUAUGCUGUUGGAGAAGCAGCUCCCCCUCUGGUGGAUGGAGGAUACUGAUGCACAUAAGCUACUGAAGAGAGGAUGUCUGUGAUGACUGAAGUCAUCUGUUGACACAAUAUGACCGAAACUACACAACAAAAUAAGUGCUUGAAAAAAUAGCUCAUUUGUUUAAGUUGUGAUCACACAAACCCACGUGCACAGACACGUGCAGACUGCUCGACCAGAACGCUGCGGCUCACGCUUUGUUGGAGACUGUGCUCCUGCCAGCUGGAGGGACAACAAUCUUUUUACAUUUAUUUAUAUAUUUAACUUAUCUGGUCUUUUCUGUGCAUAAACAGUUAUAAUCAUAUUUUUCCUUUUUUUAUUCAGUUAAAUUGUGGAAAUAAAUGCAAGUUUUUCAUGCACUGUUGUAAACUUGUCUGCAGGUUAAAAUGCCUCCCAAAAAAUUAUUCAUUUAAAGUUUACAUCCUUUUUAGCAGCUGUAUCUUAUCAUUCACCGCUUCAUAAGUGUGCAAUAUUAAACAGGAAGGAGUUUUAUUUUUCAGACCCAAAGCAUUUAAUAAAACACAAACAGUUACUUAUAAUAUUAUGCAGCAAGACUUUAAUAACCACCACAGGGUGUUGGGCUGAAUGAACUCGGUGGGUCAUUGUGUUGACGAGAGUUCAAGAACAAUUUAUAAAAUAUAUAAAAGUAGGUGAAAAAAAAUGUCAGAUGGGCUCAGGAGUGCUGAGAGUUUUUCUAAGGAGCCUUUGUCAUCAUCUCUGGUCUUUCUUUGUGUUUGCUGUGUAGUGUCCAGACUUUACAUCAAAGUGCACCACAUGGCCACUUUGCUAAGGCUUUUCUUUGAUUAAAAAAAACAAAAAAAAUAAAAACAAAAAAAAAAAACCCCAGCAGGAUUUAGAUUGCUAGGUUGAUACCCGCACAGUAAUUACACCAGGGUCUAUUUUUAUUGUUUCAUAUUCAUGAUUUUUCUUGAAAAUGGUGCUCUUUUACAAACCCGUCUCACUAAAUGCAAACAUGCAGCACAGAGAGUGAGUCAAAGACACACGAACACAACAUGUGAGGGGAAAAACCAGCAGCGAUGUGGAGUAUUACUUCUCUAAAAAGCACAAAUUUAAUCUCAACUAUAAAUAGAAAGAAAGAUACAUCAUUUCUGACAAUAUGUUGGUUUAAUGUUUAACUUGAAAGAUAUUUACCAAGAUGAGCUAUUUAACUACCUUACUCUACAGACAAUAAGUCAAUAAAACUAUGUAAUAUUGAUGUUAACAGUUCGCCCUCUGCACAGAUAUCUUGAGAAGAAAUCUCUGGUUCCUCUUAGGUGCCUGGGAAAUUGAAUGAAAGGGGGUUUUGUCCUUUAUUACUUCUCAUCAGCAGAAUAAAAAGAAGCUGGAUUCCUGAUGUCCAAGGCUACCUAUUGAAACUCAGUCACCACUUUCAGUUUGAGACGUGGUCGUUAGAGAAGAUGAAGUGCAAUGACUCAUCUAAUGCAACUCAAUGAGGCAGCGAGCGAUGGUUAAACUUCCAUCUGCUGCCUGGCUCAGAGUACAAUAGAGCUUAAAGUCAGAAUGAGCAGAACGUUUUACUCUUAACUCCAGAUGUCAGAGGUGUCUCACCAGUAAUUGUAGAGGAGUGCAGUUAAAAGGGUUAAACUUCAUGGCUGUUUGACCUGAAAGAAAGUCAAACUGUGAAUAUAAAACCCGCUAUUUAAAUAUGUGGAGUUUCAUGAAAAAUGGUCCUUUAUUAACCUUACAUGACUGCGAUUAAGCAAACUUAAAACACAAAACAGCGACUAUUUUUGAGUAGAGCUGUUAUUUUGUCAUCGGUUUCUCUGGGGUUGGUUUGUGAUGGUGUGUGGUCCUGAAUACUUGUGUGUUGCAUGAGCUGGGGCAGGAAACGGGUCACAUGAUGCCACCUGCAGGUGGUUCUUGAAUUCCUCCUAAGAUUAUUAUAUCAUUUGAUUUUUUUUCACAUGUCAAUGCAAUAAUGUGUUUUUUGCUACACUAAUGCUGAAUUGUUGAAUUGUUUUGUAUAAACCAAGUGUGAAUCUUCAGUGCAGCUCUGUACAUGAA